AUGUCGCAAGAUGUCGAAUGGUCACUUGGUGCGCAGUUGAUUAGCCCACAGCGGCGAGUGCAGCGCCUCUUUGUGGAGGAGUUCAAGAAGACGAUGUUCUCGCCCAACCCGUGGUAUGAAUGCCCGGAGGAGACGUUUCCUGGCGGCACGAAGCGCAUCUACGACUAUUGGAUGACGAACAGGCCCACCCGAGACAUCGAGCGCAUUGAUGAUGGGCGGGACGGCUGCGGCUGUGCCUGGAAGCAGGAUUUAGCUGCCAUGGUUGCCUCUUUGUAUGGGGUUUGCCAUGCCCUACCCCUGCCCAAGUAA